AUGACACCAAACAGCACCGGGGAGACGCCCAGCCCCAUCCCUGAAGGGGCCUUGGGGCUCUCCCUGGCCCUGGCCAGCCUCAUUGUCGCUGCCAACCUGCUCCUGGCUCUGGGCAUCGCCAGGGACCGCCACCUGCGCAGUCCACCUGCUGGCUGCUUUUUCCUGAGCCUGCUGCUGGCCGGGCUGCUCACGGGGCUGGCGCUGCCGUUGCUGCCAGGACUAUGGAGCCAGAGCCUUCGGGGUUACUGGUCCUGCCUCCUGCUCUACCUGGCUCCCAACUUCUCCUUCCUCUCCCUGCUGGCCAACCUCCUGCUGGUGCAUGGGGAGCGCUACAUGGCAGUGCUGAGGCCCCUGCGGCCCCGAGGGAGCACUCGGCUGGCCCUGCUCCUUACCUGGGCUGGCCCCUUGCUCUUUGCCAGCCUGCCUGCUCUGGGGUGGAACCACUGGGCCCCUGGUGCCAACUGCAGCUCCCAGUCCGUCUUCCGCCCCUACCUCUACCUCGAAGUCUAUGGACUCCUGCUGCCCGCCGUGGGUGCUGCCGCCCUCCUCUCUGCCCGGGUGUUGGCCGCUGCUCACAGCCAGCUGCGGGACAUUCGCCGGCUUGAGCGGGCAGUGUGCCGAGGUGCACCCUCGGCCCUGGCCCGGACCCUUACGUGGAGGCAGGCGAGGGCACAGGCUGGGGCCACAUUGCUCUUUGGGCUGUGCUGGGGCCCCUACGUGGCCACCCUACUCCUCUCGGUCCUGGCCUAUGAGCAGCGCCCACCGCUGGGGCCGGGAACCCUGCUGUCCCUCAUCUCCCUGGGCAGUGCCAGUGCAGCAGCUGUGCCUGUCGCCAUGGGGCUGGGUGACCAGCGCUACACAGCCCCCUGGAGGGCGGCUGCUCGACGGUGGCUUCGGGUGCUGCGGGAAAGGGCCUCCCGGGGCAAUACGGGCCGAGGCACCGCCUACCACACCAGCAGUCAAAGCAGCGUCGACCUGGACUUGCACUAGAGGAAGGGUCUGUUCCCAUUCCUACCAGAAGAAUCCAUCCGUCUUGAC